UUCUUCCGGACUCUUCCCAUUCUCAGCCUUUCUUCUUUUCCCCACAGUUUGUGUCUGCUGCAUCACCAUCUUCAUCCUCCAGUGGUCAACAGGAAUCACAGCAAUGUCUGCCCAAGACGCUCCCAUCAGCUCAGGACUGUGGCUGUGCCAGCCAGCGCCCAGGUGUGGGGACCAAAUCUACAACCCCCUGGAGCAGUGCUGUGACUAUAACACCAUCCUGCCCCUGAACCGGAGUAAUCUCUGUGGACCCAACUGCACCUUUUGGCCCUGCUUUGAGCUCUGCUGCCCGGAGUCCUUCGGCCCCCACCGAAAGUUUGUUGUGAAGUUGAAGGUUCUGGGUGUGAAGUCCCAGUGCCCCUCCGCCCCCAUCUCCCGGAUCUGUCCCAGGUUAAACACCUCUAACUUGCUUGUGGCCAAAAGAAGGAAGAAGGGGUGAGCAAUACUGAAAGAUUGGUGGCAUGUACCCAGAGAUGAGACUGGAGAGGGGAGAGAUUCAGGCCAGGUUUAAUGAAAGCAAAGAAAACCUGCCCGGGCAGAGCUAAAGAUGGCGUCUACACCAAGCAUGAUUCUGACGGUUUUUAUACUGGGUCAUAGCAAGUGGAAAAAUCUACUACUAGCCUGGGGAUUCUGAUGAGGUAGGGGUCUUGUGAUGGGAGAUCUUGGGGAGGGGCUACCUAGGUACUUUGUGGGUUUUGUAGGGGGAGGUUUGGGGCUGAGUUCAACCUACCAACAUUACCAACUCUUGUGAUGGGGUUGAUGAUCAGUCUUCUGAAACUGCUUCUGGCUGAGUAGGGUCAUAGUUGUCCUCAGUGCAAUGAAUCCGGUGUUAGUAGUGAGGAGGGAGAAAUAAAUCUUCUGCUUCUUAGCGAUGCUGAGAAAGCAGCAGGCAGCUGCAGAAGAACUCCUCUAAAGAUAAGAACAGACUUUACACUGAGCUAAAAUAAACUUGAAAAGAAAAAGUCUGUGUAACUAAUAACAAUACCCUGGUUUCUGACACCCAUAGCCAUAACUAUGUUGCUGAUAUUGAACUGAAGGGGAAAAAAAGUGUAAAAACUUUUGGGAAAAAAACUGUUCCCUAGACUGUCAGCAUUUCAGGCCUUGAGGCACCUGAGUUCUCCCCAGCAAUUAAA